AUGUCAUCGCCGCCAACUGUAUUGUCUCUGACCGCGUCGAUGGUUAAUAACAUCAUCCUCGACCCAGCCCAAUAUUACUUCCAAUCAGCCAUUGGUUACCUCAUCUCUGUAUGCUCCACUCGGCGCACCAUUGUCAUCCACGAGUUCCGUGGAAGAAUAACUCGAAAUGAACUCUAUGAAGCCGCGGAGACAUACCUCGGUACGAAAAUCAGCCCCGACACCAAGCGAUUCGCAGUUCACAAAACUAAGAGAGAGAAAAAACUCAACAGCAGCAUCGAGAACAACCAAGAGAUCGCCGAUACGUACCAGAACGUUCAACUAAAAUGGAGAUUCGCCAGCGUUGAGUCUCGGAACCCAAAUAAGGCAGAUAAAAAAUUCUUUGAGCUCACUUUUCACAAGAAGUUCAAAGAAAAAGUGUUGGACGAGUAUUUACCCCUUGUUCUGGAGGAGUACCAAAAGAUAACGAAUAAUGACAAGGUGAGGAAGCUCUAUGCUAUGAAUCUGUCUGAUGAUUAUGGCGAAAUUGGAAGGAAUUGGGGUUCGAUCAAUUUUGAGCAUCCGGCAACGUUUGAAACUCUUGCUAUAGAGGAAAAGACGAAGAAGGCGAUAAUCAAGGAUUUGGACAAAUUUGUGACCAGAAAAGAAUUUUACAAGACGGUUGGGAAGCCUUGGAAGAGGGGAUACUUGUUGUAUGGGCCUCCAGGGACUGGGAAAUCGAGCUUGGUUGCAGCCAUGGCAAAUUACUUGAAUUAUGAUAUAUAUGACUUGGAGCUUACCAGUGUGAAGACAAACGCGGAUUUGAGGAGAAUUUUGGCGUCCACUACGAAUCGAUCGAUCCUUGUCAUAGAGGACAUCGAUUGCAGUGUCGAGUUACAAAACCGGCAGUUGGGGAAUGGCUCCUACAACAAGAAGUUAACACUGUCGGGGCUAUUGAACUUCAUAGAUGGAUUGUGGUCGAGUUGUGGAGAUGAACGAAUCAUUAUUUUCACAACUAACUACAAGGACCGUCUUGAUCCUGCUCUGCUGCGAUCGGGUCGAAUGGACAUGUUCAUUCACAUGCCUUACUGUACAACUCAAGGAUUUAAGGUCUUGGCGUCCAACUACCUUGGCAUCAACGGUCACCACAAGCUCUAUGGUGAGAUCAAAGGCCUAAUUGAGGAUGUAGAGGUGACCCCGGCAGAAAUUGCUGGGGAGCUAAUGAAGAGCGACAAUGCUCGUAUUGCUCUCGGUGAAGUAGUUAAUUUCCUAAAGCGAAAGAAGUUUAAAGAACAUGAUAUCGAGGAAGAUAAAUGUAGUGGAUCUGAAAAGGAAGCAAAGAGGAUGAAAAGGAAGAAGAUUGCUGAUAGGACUACAAGGAACUGUAGAAAAAUAACCACCGGAAAUGUUAGGCCUAAUUUCUUCUUCAUGCAGUUAACACUGUCGGGGCUAUUGAACUUCAUAGAUGGAUUGUGGUCGAGUUGUGGAGAUGAACGAAUCAUUAUUUUCACAACUAACUACAAGGACCGUCUUGAUCCUGCUCUGCUGCGAUCGGGUCGAAUGGACAUGUUCAUUCACAUGCCUUACUGUACAACUCAAGGAUUUAAGGUCUUGGCGUCCAACUACCUUGGCAUCAACGGUCACCACAAGCUCUAUGGUGAGAUCAAAGGCCUAAUUGAGGAUGUACAGGUGACCCCUGCAGAAAUUGCUGGGGAGCUAAUGAAGAGCGACAAUGCUCGUAUUGCUCUCGGUGAAGUAGUUAAUUUCCUAAAGCGAAAGAAGUUUAAAGAACAUGAUAUCGAGGAAGAUAAAUGUAGUGGAUCUGAAAAGGAAGCAAAGAGGAUGAAAAGGAAGAAGAUUGCUGAUAGGACUACAAGGAACUGUAGAAAAAUGACCACCGGAGUAGGAAGUCGUCGAUGCUGA